CACCUCAAACAUCCUACUUGGUGGGACGCCGACCGCGGCAUUGGCAUAGCAGUAACUCGAGGCAUAAUGGUGGGCGGCUUGUUCCUUAGUUUGGGGCGGCCCACGCGACAGCAGCAGAAGGCCUGCAUCGCCCGCUCCGGCGACUUCAACUACGACCCCAAAUUCCACGGCGCUUCCUCUUCUCUUCGAAGUAGUCUCGGAGACAACGUAGUAGUCGAAGAAGAAGCCCUUUCCAAGAGCGGUUUCUUCGUCAACCGCGCCCGUGUCCUCCUCGGCGCGGGUCCCCGCACCUUCGACCUUGCCAAAUCCGCCCUCCUCUCUUGGAAGCACUUUGAAUUGGGAUGGACGUUUGUGGAUCCGGAGACGCCGGUCGAGAAAGGGGAGAGGUUCUGCGUCUGCGUGAAGGAGGUGAUACCGUGGCUGAUGAUGCCGCUCCGGAUCGCCUACGUGCGUGACGAGAUCUCUGGCCGCGGCCCGACCAAGGCUUCCUUCGGUUUCGGCAGUGGCACUCUCCAAGGCCACCUCUUGGCUGGGGAGGAGCGCUUCUCGAUCGAGCGGGACGAGAACGACGAGGUCUGGUAUGAAAUCUAUUCCUUCUCUAAGCCUGCACACUUCCUCUCCAUGGUUGGCUAUCCAUAUGUAAAGCUUAGGCAGCAGUUCUUCGCUCAUCGUUCUGCGAAUGCACUAAAAAAGCAUGUUGCGGUAGGAGAGUGAGGACUUCUGCCUUGUGGAACAAUGACUUGUAUUAGCCAACAUGUGUGUAUUUACAUCCUCUCAUAAAAGGCAACUGUAGCUUAGCUGGAGUUAGCCGAGAUCUUGACUCGGCAUUACAUGGUACACUAUCUUUGAUCAUUGACAUGGAGGGUCUUGUUCAUCAA